GUGAUGCCCUUGUAGAGUUGUAGGAUUUGUAAUGGACUUAUUACUACUGUUCCAGGCAAAAGUUUAAUUUUUUUUUUCACUUCUCUCCAGUGAAUUCGUCUGAACCAAUGUAGUGUUGUCUUUCUUUGUUGUUUUUAGUUGUGUUAUAUUUGGUUUUCAUUUCAAAGUGUGUGUUUUAUUUCUUGAUCAACAGAAAUGGAACCCAGGAGAACUAGAAGCUCUCUUAUUUCUCCAUCUUUAAAACCUUGUAGAAAUACGAGGAUGGUCAAGUCUACACGUGUGCCUUCUCAUGAGUUGGCCAAGCUGAAGGCCUCAAAACCAAUGUUAGUUAUCCCACAGCCUGUCUUAAGAAUUCAUGAAUGCCUUGAUGAAAAUGUCAGAAUGGCCCAAGUUGAGUCAAAUGCCUAUAUUGCAUUGGGAAUCAAGGAGGAGCCUAUCGAUGAAGAAUAUGAUGCUGAAGGAAGACAUUAUGAAGAUGCUAACUUUGCACCAGUGGAAAGCUUUGCUACCGAAGAUUGUUACAAUCAAGACAAUGAGUAUGAAGAAACUGAAGGGAUACGUACAACAAGAGCCUCAAAAAGAAAAAGGUUGGCAGGUUUGACAGAAAACACAGUCAACAAAGAAGAUGACAACAACAACAAAAACAAGACAACUAGUAAGAAAAGAUCAACAAAGGAAAAGAAGGGUAAAGCAAACUAUGUAUUCCAACCUAUUGUUUCGAAUGUUCAAUCACUUGCUGUACCUAUCCCAGAAGUUGACAACUUUAAUGCAAUUGUUGUAUCAGAACAAUCUGCUGAAGUUGUUGAAGGAAAUAACAAUGUUGAAAAACAGUUCAUCACAUUUUCCGAAAAUGAUGCACCGGAAAAACAGAAAUCGCGAAGCCUUCGAGAAUUGCCCAUCGUCGUAAAGAAAAACUCAAUCCUUUCUCUGUCAUCAGAUUCGGUCAACACUGAAAAAGAUGUUGAUAUUCAGACUGAAAAAUCCAAUGUGCCUUCAAACGACUGUUCCUUCAAUAAUCCCAUAAAAAUUGUCGCCUUUCCUGCUUUACCCGAAGAAGCUGCUCAUGUAACAGAAAGGGAUUCAUUUUUAUCGCCAGCCAUAGAAGAUGAAGACGAGGAAGAUCUAGAGGAGGAAGAAGAACUUGAAGAAUCUUCUUCGUCUUCUUCCGAAGAAGAAUCUGAAGCAGAAAUUACUCCCAAACUGUGGGCCCUGAAGGAAGAAGAAAGACGUACUCUAACUUGCAGCGUCUGCCAAAAAAAGUGCUCCCGUACUUCAAUAUUAACUGCCCACAAAAAGAAGCAUUUUGAUACCAACACUUAUUUUUGUACGCACUGUAACAAAACUUUUAGUAGUGAGAGCAGCUACAAGCACCAUAUCGCUUAUUCCGGAUUGGCUCCUUUUAAAUGCGAUCAAUGUCACAAAAGUUACUACACUGAACAGAAGGCCGAGACACAUCGCGCCCAGUGUCAGGGUAAAAAUACGGAGCGAAAGUUUCACUGCGAGGAAUGUGGAAGAUCUUACGUGAUGCUCUGCAGCCUGAGAACGCACAUCCGUGAACGUCACUCGGACUUUAAACCGGUCAAAAACUUGUGCUGUGAAGUAUGUGGAAAGCGAUUCAGACACAAGAAGUAUCUUGAGCUGCACAUGUACAGCCAUAGUUCCGAGAAAAAGUUUGAAUGCGACAUCUGUCACCGGAAGUACAAGUCGAGCGAUAUCUUGCGUCAUCAUGUCCGCAUGGUCCACAAGAAUUUGCCGCGGGUGACCUGCGAAAUUUGUCAGAAAGAGGUGAGUCGUGUUUCACUCAAAGCCCACAUUAAUCGACACCGAGAGAAGCAGGAAGAAGAAGAAGAAAGUGCUCGACAUCUCUUGAGCCUUAGCAUGACAGCUGACAGUAAUGCACCUUCCUGUCGGGUGUGCACAAAGUAUUUUGAGAGCGAAAAGCUGUUGGAAAUGCACGCGUGUGAAGGCCGGGAUGGAGGUUCAUCAUUUCCAUGUCAGCAUUGCAACGAAUCGUUCACUUCAGCUACCGAAUUGGUCGGUCACAGCUGCGAUGGCUUGGAUAAUUCAAAGUCGAGAAACACUGCUAAAAUCUACAAAUGCAUAUUUUGUAAUCGAGAAUACGGCUGCCAUACGCCUUGGCUGUAUCACGUGCGGCACCACACGAACGACAAACCUUAUCCUUGCCCGGAAUGCGAUAAAUCCUUUCGUCUGAAACAAGGAUUGAAGGUUCACAUGAGGAACCAUACGGGCGAGAAGCCCUUCAAAUGCGACCAAUGCCCUGCUGCGUUCAAACAGAAACCAUUCCUGCUGGACCACAUGAAUACCCACACCGGUAACAAACCGUAUCAAUGCCAAAAGUGCCUUGCACGCUUCUCCGUACGCUCGGCUUUGUCGACGCACAAACGGAUCCAUCGUCGAGAGUUGAAGCGCAAUUCCGAACUUGAAGCGGCUUCUUCAUCCUAAAUUUCCACGGGAUCACUCAGACAAAUUCAAGCAUUCCUACAUUGUCUAUCUACAAUUCUACAUGCAUUUAACAAUGGGACCAUUUCUCUUCCAUUAUUCUUGAGAUUUUGAAACGCCUUAGAAUGAGCUAAGUAAUACUUUUUCUUAUUUUCUCAGUAUAAGAAGUGCCUUUUUGUCGAAUUUACCUCUCGGUAGCUCGCUUUGACUGAACUUCCCACCACUCGCACCAAUUUAGCGAUAUUUCCUUUUCUAUUACACACAACCCUGACCUUUUUUUAGAAAAAUAAAUAGACGCACGUUGUUA